UUGCUUCCCCGGACGGAUACCGCGAGAGUAGGCUAGGCCGCAGUUCGUCUGUAUUGCGGUGAGUGCAACUGUUCGAGCGGCGCCUUCUCGCCAAUUCAUUCAACUCCAGCAACCCAUAAAACAGAGGACAGGAGGCGGUCUGCGCUUUUACAUUGAACGGAGGACGACCACCUCUUUCUACGGCUCUGCAAGCUUCCCUUUUAAAUUGCGACACAUACUAGCUCUGACACCUGCUCGUAGGACAUUGAAACUUUGGCAAAGAGCUGCAUCACGCCACUGACCGCCCAGAGACUCAUAAAAGCAGAGAGAACUUACAGAGAAGUAGCCUCCAGCUCUCACCCCUUUCGCACGGCCACUGAAGAAGCACCACAGAGUGAGCCAAUACUACACAACGGACAACAAAGAGAAAACAGGUGGAGCCGGAGCUCGGCAGCCCCGGCAGAAGCUCUUCACCAUGGACGUGGAUGAAGAGGAGAACAUGAGUUCGAGCAGCACCGACGUAAAGGAAAACCGUAACCUGGACAACGUCUCCUCCAAAGAGGGGGAGGCUGUAGCUGAGCAGCUCCCCAACGGCAGUGGCGGGGGCAGCAGGAAGCGCCCCUUAGAGGAGGGAAACAAUGGCCACACGCACUCCAAGUUCCGGGCCAAGAAGCGUAAGAAAACGCCAGGCCCGGUUCUACCCAAGAAUGCCCUUAUGCAGCUGAAUGAAAUUAAGCCGGGGCUGCUGUAUAAGCUGCUAUCUCAAACGGGUCCAGUCCACGCUCCCGUGUUUGUCAUGACCGUCGAGGUCAAUGGGCAGCUGUUCGAGGGCUCAGGUCCCACCAAGAAGAAGGCCAAGCUGAAUGCAGCAGAGAAGGCACUGCGCUCCUUUGUCCAGUUCCCCAACGCCUCCGAAGCGCACCUGGCUAUGGGCCGGACACUGACAGUCAACACAGACUUCACAUCCGACCAGGCCGACUUCCCAGACAUGCUCUUCAACGGGUUUGAGACGCCCGCACCGCCCGAGGACUCCUUUUACCUGGGUUCCAAUGGCAGCGGCUGCUUAAACUCGCUGGGAGAGUACUCCAUGCCUUCCACCCCAGGUGCUAACUUAGCCCAGGCCCUGUUGCCCCCUCCCUCAUCCUUCACCUCGCCCUCGAGCGGCAAGAACCCUGUCAUGAUCCUCAAUGAGCUAAGGCCGGGCCUCAAGUAUGACUUUUUGUCCGAGAGCGGCGAGAGCCAUGCAAAGAACUUUGUCAUGCAGGUAUCGGUGGACUCACAGCAGUUCGAGGGCUCUGGACGAAACAAGAAGCUGGCCAAGGCCCGGGCCGCCCAGGCAGCCCUCUCAGCCCUCUUCAACAUGCAGCUGGACCAGACGCCCUCCCGACAGCCCAUCCCCAGAGAGGGACUGCAGCUCCACCUACCCCAGGUCCUCGCCGACGCGGUCUCUCGCCUGGUUGUGGACAAGUUCAGCGAGCUGACGGACAACUUCACCUCCCCCCACGCGCGGCGGAAAGUCCUGGCAGGGGUCGUCAUGACAACAGGCACGGACGUGAAAGAGGCCCAGGUGAUCUGUGUCUCCACGGGCACCAAGUGCAUCAACGGCGAGUACAUGAGUGACCGCGGCUUGGCGCUCAACGACUGCCAUGCAGAGAUUAUCGCCCGCCGCUCGCUCAUCCGGUACCUCUACGCCCAGCUGGAGCACUUCCUAAGCAGCAACAAGGAGGAGCAGCAGAAGUCCAUAUUCACGCGCUGUGACAAGCGUGGCUACCGGCUAAGGGACAACGUUCUGUUCCACCUCUACAUCAGCACCUCGCCCUGCGGAGACGCACGCAUCUUCUCACCGCACGAGGCCGGCAUGGAAGACCAAGGAGACCGACACCCUAACCGGAAGGCGCGGGGCCAGCUGAGGACCAAAAUAGAGUCUGGGGAGGGGACCAUUCCCGUGAGGACCAGCAACACCAUCCAGACAUGGGACGGGGUGCUGCAGGGAGAAAGGCUGCUCACCAUGUCCUGCAGUGACAAGAUCGCAAGAUGGAACGUGGUGGGCAUCCAGGGCUCUCUGAUGAGCUACUUCACGGAGCCCAUCUACUUCUCCAGCAUCAUCCUGGGCAGCCUGUACCACGCCGACCACCUCUCCCGGGCUAUGUACCAGCGCAUAGCCGACAUCGAGGACCUACCCCAACAGUUCAGCCUCAACAGGCCUCUACUGAGCGGCAUCAGCAACGCGGAGGCGAGGCAGCCGGGCAAGGCACCCAAUUUCAGCGUGAACUGGGCGGUGGGCGACCUGGCGCUGGAGGUCAUCAAUGCUACCACGGGCAAAGACGACAUGGGGCGCGCCUCGCGCCUCUGCAAGCACGCCCUCUACAGCCGCUGGGUUCGCCUGCAUUCCAAGCUGUCAUCCACACUGAGGAUCAAGGUGUCCAAGCCCAGCUCGUACCACGAUGCCAAGCAGGCGGCGGUGGAGUACCACAACGCCAAGCAGACUCUCAUCAAGGUCUUCCACAAGUCGGGCCUGGGGGCCUGGGUGAAGAAGCCCAUCGAGCAGGACCAGUUCUCCCUCAACUCCUGAUUAGGGGGUUAGGGGAACCUCAUAACCCAACCCACUGCACCCCAAUCCCAUCUCUAGGCCUGAGAAAGAGGCUCUUCAAAAUUACCAGCCACUGAGACUUUGUGUCUGUGUGUGUGUGUGUGUGUCUGCGUGCGUGCGUGUGUACCUCGUGCAUGCGUGUGUGUGUGUAUGUCUGUCUUGAGUGUUUGUGAGAAAUAACGCAUGUGGUUCUGGCCACCUCCCUCCGUCCCAAUCACUCUGCUCUCGUUCCUCAUGGCUGUGAUGUCAUCACUCUGUAAAACGUUCUUUUCUUUUUUUUAAAUCGAUGGUACUCGAUGUUCAAUCUGCCCAUCUAAUCACGAAGUCUUGCCAUUUUUAACUGGAAUCGUUUUUAGUCAUUGUUGUUUUAUUUGCAAGACUUUACAUGAAGUUGUCCAUACACCAUGUAGUUACUAUAUACUUAUUUCUGUAACCAGAAUGUAGAAUGUACAACGAUUCUAUUUCUACUAUUCAGUUAAAUGUAAUUACACUAGUAUAUUCCCAAAUGCCAUGUGACUUUUUAACCUAUUGUAGAAUUUUACCUUUUUAAUGUCUUAUUUCAUUACAAUAUAGCCCCUUUAUUAUAAGCACGUAUGAUAUUAUGCUAAAUGCAAAUCCAAAAUGUUGGUUACAGUCAUUCAAUCAUUAUUCAUUUGAAAUCUCUUCUUUUGGUCCCGUUACAUCUUAUUUAUUUAUUUGUUGGCAUUUUUGGUCAUUCAAUUACAUUCCGUACUUGAACAUUGGGCCCUGGUGGAGGCUGUUGACGAUUCCCCUCGAGUCCUUUGACCUGGGGGGGUUGAGGAGAGUUGUGGAUGUGCUGCACGUUUUUUCUUGUUGAAGUAAGCCAUGGCUUUGCAUGGGAAUGGUGUCAGAGUUCGGCGAGUUGAUUCGGUAGAGAACCAACAGGGAUCUGCUCGAGUGAUUUUUUUUUUUUUUUUUUUUUUUUUUUUUCCCCCUGCUUUGAAUCAUGUUUCUCUCUUUAAUGUGUUUGUUUUGUUUCCUGGAGGGGGCUUGGUUUUUUAGUAUUGCAACUUUGGACUUUUUUGUGUUUGAGAGAUGGAUUAUACUGCAACUGAAUAAUUCAGUAUUUCUAGUAUACAGGAAUUCAGUAUUUCAAUCAAUGACACUGCAUAGGGGCUACAUUACACCUCCUUCAUAAGCAUGAUCCUCAUGGACAUUAUGCAUCCAUGCCCUGGGCAUUUAUAAAUGCUUAUGUCAACAACCUCGGAUCGAUAGGUCAUGGUCAUGCCACACAAUACAAGUCUGGUGACAUAACACAUCUUAUGUCAAUCUGGGGUUGUUAUGAAGGUGUAAAGUAGGCCAUAUGUCAUGUAAUUCAUAGAGAGCUGGGAAAUGCAUGUCUCCAAGAGCUUAUGUCGUCAUUUAAACAACUCUUGUAAGCAACACGAUUGUUGAUUGCUCAUUGUGUGAGUAAACUUCCAAGGGAACACAAAGAAACGCAUGAGAGAUUUUACAAAGUUGAGUUUGGUACCACCCGCCCACUCAAUGACCAAUCCGUGUUUUCUCAAUCCAAGUCCUAUUGGUCCGAUUCCCUGGGUGUUCUGUAAGCCCUCUUCCCCACCCUCUCCCAUGUGUUCAUCUUUUCUAUUUCAACUAUUUCUACAACAUGAUAAACUCUGGAUGCCAGUAAUGACAACUUUCUAAUGUAUUAUCUGUGUGCUCUCCCUUAUAGGCUGGUCAUAUACCUCUAAUAUCAGCAUUGUACAUGGCCAGUGACAAACCACAAUGUAAACGGACACACUGCAAAGGAAUGAUUAUUAUGAAGUAUUCUUUAAGUUGGUGUAUUUUUAUAUUUGAUAUAUUUGGUUCAAAACAGCAGGGGAAGGUGCUUGGAGUCCCAGCAGUGUGUGUGUUGUAUGUACACUACAUGACCAAAAGUAUGUGGACAACUGCUCGGCAAACAUCUCAUUUCAAAAUCAUGGGCAUUAAUAUGGAGUUGUUCCCCCCUUUGCUGCU